AUGCGAGCGGCAAGGUUGUGCCGGAUGGCUCUGCGCAUCUGGAUGGGAGUGGUCCUGGUCUUGGCACUAUCCUGCCACUUCUACAGUCCCAGCCGGCGGCGCCUGGUCCACUCCCGACUUUUGGCGAUUUACAGCUGGCUCAUAAUGGUCGCCAACUUCAUAUUAUUUUACGGAUACUAUCUAUGCGCCUCGACGUAUUUCCCCGAGGGCACUUUUAGGCGACAAAGAUUCGUGGCUCAGAUGUCCGACAGCAACAUAGUGGUACAGAUUGUGACGCUCUUAGUUCAGAUUUUAGUGCGAGUGCUACGGGAACGACAGGUGUGCCAAGCGUAUAACGAGGUUUCCGACAUUCUGGAGCAGGAACUGAACCACCAGGAGCCCAGUCGCUUCUACUGCACCGCGUUCCUGCUCAAGAUCCACAACUUUGUGCACAACUUCAACUUUGUGCUGAGCAUCCUCCUGAUUUGGGGCACGCGAACCUUGGUAAUGGCUGACAUUUUUGCUAAUCUGUACUUCGUCUACAACUCACUGGUCCGGGAUGCUGCCCAAAUGGCUUACACCCUGCUGCUCCUCGACUUCAGCGAGGCACUGCGUCUGAAUGGCCAGCGGGAGCAGAGAUCCUAUGGUCAGCUCAUGGACCAGUUGCGCAGGCAGGAGCGCCUGUUGGGGAUUGGGAGGCGGGUUCAUCGAAUGUUCGCCUGGUUGGUGGCCAUCACCUUGUUUUCCCAGCUCUACUACAAUACGAGCACAAUUUACCUGGGCUACGCCGUCAUCAUCCAGCGGCAGGGUGCACUGGGGAUGCCAAUCUAUUCCAUGAAGAUCCUACUCACCGCCCUCUCCUUUCUGGUCAUCCUGGGAGACGCCCUGCUCCUGCAGAUCGUAUGUGAGCACCUGAUGGCGGAGGAGAACCGAGUGUGCGCCAGUCCAAGACUACAGCGGCGGGAUGUGGAUGCCAAGGCGGCCCAUAGACAGUGGGAAAUGUCCGUUUUGAGAAGAGCCAUUAGAAGAGCAUCGCCGGAGAACAAAGUGUUGGGGAUGUUUAGGAUGGACAUGCGAUGUGCCUUCGCCCUGAUUAGCAGCAGUUUGUCCUAUGGCAUUAUUAUCAUCCAGAUUGGCUAUGUCCGCAGUUGAACUACCCUUCGCCUUCAACCCUUUUCAAAGGAAAAGUUACCGUGGUAUAAUCGCCACUCAAUCGGCACUUCAGUUAAUUGAAAGU